AUGAAAUAUAAGGCCGUUGCCUCAUUCUUCGGGCGCCAUGGCCUCAUCAGCUGUUUUGUCCUGCCAAGGCGGCUUCAAGAGAACGAAUAUUGCAAUAGCAAACACACAAUACGCCACGGCUUGGAAAGUAUGAGGAAACACAAUCGUAUUUUUCUUUCUUUCUUGAUUAACCAAUACCACUGGUUUUGA